AUGCGACCUUCAUCAUCAAGCUUCAACCACCGUUUCUUCGAUCACACCAAGCCCCCAUUGCUAAUCAACAAAUGGAGGCCGAGCAACGACGUCGUGGCUCCAAGCUGCCCGAGAUGCUUCUCCUCCAACACCAAGUUCUGCUACUACAACAACUACAGCGUCUCCCAGCCUCGCUACUUCUGCAAGUCCUGCCGCCGCUACUGGACCCGCGGCGGCUCCCUCCGCAACGUCCCCAUCGGCGGUGGCUCCCGCAAAACCCGCCCCUCCACCCCUCCCCCAGCCGCUCCUCCGGAGGCCUCUGUGUUUCCGCCGGCGGCGGAGAAUUUUAAGAUGUUUCCGGAGCUGGAGUGGCCGUUGGUGGAGGUGGAGGGAUUUGAGGAGGUGUUUUGGAGUGGCGGCGGCGGCGAUCGGAUGAGAAUGUCGUACGAGGAUUUGAUGAGUGACAAUUGGGAUCUGUCGGCUUAUGAUUAA